CAGGGAUUCUCGACUUCCAUUACCCGCCCUAGUUUUUCUCAGCACAACCCUCUCAUAUUUCAAUGUCAUUUAUCAGUGGUGGAGGAUGGGCCGGAGGCAACGUAAGCUCCCCAGAGACUCUCAUCCAGCAGCCUCUGCUAAGGCCCAGCCUUCUCUCUCCAGUUGCCACCACAGCCUGGAGGCGCCUGCCUCCGCCCUCCCGAAUGGUGCUCCUCCUCGCAGGCCUCGGCCCAGGAUCCAGGCCCCCUUUGCCUCCUGCCUCGGAGCUGUUGCUCCGGGUCUCUUCUGGUGGACUCCCCGUGACGGGGAGGGAAGGACUUUUGCACAUACAAGGCUAUAGCUCUUGGGACCCCACCGGCAACUUGAAUCUCGGCCUCUAACCGAGUGUGAGGUUCUUCCUGUGUCCUCUUUUUCCACCCUUUGAGAAGAGAAACCCUUCUUCUUGCCACCCAGAGCCCAAGAAGCCCCAAGCUGGGGCCCUGGUCCCAGCAUGUCAGUCCUUUUUUUUGCAUAGGGCUGUGCCCUCUCCCCGUCAUCAUGGCUGAACUCAGGCAGGUGCCAGGGGGGCGGGAGACCCCACAGGGGGAGCUUCGGCCUGAGGUUGUAGAGGAUGAAGUCCCACGGAGCCCAGUUGCAGAGGAGCCUGGAGGAGGUGGAAGCAAUAGCAGUGAAGCCAAACUGUCCCCAAGAGAAGAAGAAGAACUGGAUCCUAGAAUACAGGAGGAGCUGGAGCAUCUGAACCAGGCCAGCGAGGAGAUCAACCAGGUGGAGCUGCAGCUGGAUGAGGCCAGGACCACCUACCGGAGGAUCCUGCAGGAGUCAGCAAGGAAGCUCAACACGCAGGGCUCCCACUUGGGGAGCUGCAUCGAGAAGGCCCGGCCCUACUAUGAGGCUCGGCGGCUGGCUAAGGAGGCCCAGCAGGAGACACAGAAGGCAGCACUGCGGUAUGAGCGGGCUGUGAGCAUGCACAACGCUGCCCGGGAGAUGGUGUUUGUGGCUGAGCAGGGCGUCAUGGCUGACAAGAACCGGCUGGACCCCACGUGGCAGGAGAUGCUCAACCACGCCACCUGCAAGGUGAAUGAGGCCGAGGAGGAGCGGCUUCGUGGUGAGCGGGAACACCAGCGGGUGACACGGCUGUGCCAGCAGGCUGAGGCUCGGGUUCAGGCCCUGCAGAAGACCCUCCGGCGGGCCAUUGGCAAGAGCCGCCCCUACUUCGAGCUCAAGGCCCAGUUCAGCCAGAUCCUGGAGGAGCACAAGGCCAAGGUGACAGAGCUGGAGCAGCAGGUAGCCCAGGCCAAGACCCGCUACUCAGUCGCCCUGCGCAACCUGGAGCAGAUCAGCGAGCAGAUUCAUGCGCGGCGCCGCGGCCAGCUCCCUCACCCCCCGGGCCAGCUGCGCUCUUCCCCAGUGGGGGCCGAGGCCGGGCCUGAUGGUGGCGAGGAUGGGGACAGCGGGAUCAUCGAGGGGGCCGAGGGCGGGGGGCUGGAGGAGGGUGUCAGCCUGGGGCCUGGCCCUGCCCCCGACACGGACACGCUGAGCCUGCUGAGCCUGCGCACUGUGGCUUCAGACCUGCAGAAGUGCGACUCCGUGGAGCACCUGCGGGGCCUCUCGGACCACACCAGUCUGGAUGGCCAGGAGCUGGGUCCCCGGAGUGGGGGUCGUAGCGGCCGCCACCAGCGCAGUAUCAGCCUGUAGCCCUGUGCUCAGGGUGGCUGGUGCAGUCUUACCACCACUGGCCCAUGGAGGGCCCCGCAGGCUCCUAGCUCCCUCUCCUCGGGUCCUCGCUUCCCCCAGAGAGGUCAGGUUGGCUGUGUCUUGAGUCUGUCCUGUCUUUCUCACCCUGCUCUGCCCCCCACAGGUGGCAGCUCUCUUUGCCUUACCCUUUCAGAAGGCUUGUCUUUGGCUCUCACAUCUCCCUUCCGCCUGCUGGCCCCUCACAGUCUGAUACCGUUUGCUGCCCUCUUUUUGACUUCUUCCAUCUGUCUGGUUUUUCCCCUCAGGGAAAUUUGUCUAGAAGGCACAGGGACGCCAUCAGAGAAGGUGGGCUCUGGACCUGGGUCCUGGCAUCUUGGCCCCCCCAAGCUUGAGUGAAUGGACGGGUGCCCCUCCCACCUACCCAUCUCCCGAGUGGUCCCGAGUGGCAGGGAUGCUGCUGAGCCCUCCUAGCAGCCCAGUGCCCAGUCCUCUGUCCCAGCCUGCCUGUGUGUAACAUGUAAGAUGCACUGUGGGACUGUGUGCCUCUGGAAGACACCACCCAUCCCUUUAGUGCUCCCUCCUCAUGACCUAAGCCACUUUGCUCUGCGUGCCUCAAAGCAGGACUUGAGGGAUACUGGUGUCAGGGAAGGUGAAACCCAAUCUCAUCGUUGACAAAGGGGGCACCACCAACUCCAAACAGACUCCCCCCAUGUGUGUGGUGUUUCCCCAGCUUGGCUGGGUCCUUAACAUUGCCAAGGUGCUAGUGAGUCCAUGUUGGGGGAUGGAGAUGUAGUGAGGUCCUGAUGGCUGAAGCCCUUGCCAUUCCUGCUGCGGAGUUAGGUUUAUUUACUUUUUCUGGGUAGAGGAUGCUGAACCAAAUCUCAGCAUCCUCCUGCAGGGUAGAGUUGGGGAAUUUGGUGCUCAAUUGCUCUCCCUCGCUCUUCCCCAAACCAAACAAUAACUAGUCCACGAUCCCUUGGGGGAUGCUCAGGUUUGGCUGCAGAGCCUCCACUGAUAUGGGGAAGGUUUGGCCUGGGGUGAGGGAACCCGCCCUCCAUAGGGAGCUGCUUCAGGUGUCUGGUGGUACUCCUGUGCUGCGUGGGGCGGGGGAAAGGUAGGGAAGCCACACUGGAUCUAGGUGCCUUGGGAGCACCAAUCCUCCUGUCCCACCCCAGGAGGGCUGAGAGCUGGACUCUGGGCAGGAGAACUGGUGCCUAGGCCUGUGUGCUGCUGCCGAUGACUGGGGGAGGAGCAGGCCUUCGAAUAGAAGGUGUCUCCCUGUCCCAGGGUUGAGGCAGUUUGGUCAUGAUGAGAACCGCCAGGUUUGAGGUGGCCAUGGGGGGAGGGAAGAAGGGGGAGGAUGUGGGCGUGCGUGCGUGCAUGCAUGUGCCUGUGUGUAUGGGGGAAAAGGGUCUGCCCCUGAUUUUAUUUAAAUAAAAUAGUUUAUGUAACGGUAAUGUUUAUUGUCCCUUUCAGGGAGGGAACAGGAGAAAGGGGUGAGGAUGGAGAGUGGGGAGGAACAGGGUGAAGCGGGAUGCUCUUUUGAUGGGGUAGUCAGAGGAGGUCUCUUGGGAGGUGAAGGAUGAGAUGGAUCAAACCCAGGCAAUGAGAGGAGGGAAGGCUUAUGGCCACAGGGCUGGGGUGAAUGCGCACCAAGUCGGUGGUGCCCUGCAACCCCCUACCCUUCCAGCUUACCAGCCGAGGAGGGCUCUGCAGGGUGGAGUGGAUGUUGUCAACCACUGGUGGUGCAGACAAGAUGAUGGUGCCGAUCCUGGAUGUGAGCAUGAAGAAAGGGGAGGGACAAGUAGCGUUAUACAGGAUGCCCAGUUAAACUUGAAUUUCAGAUAGAUGAUGUUUUUGGCCCCUGCAGUGUUAAGGACAUACUUAAUACUAAGUUGUUUGUCAUCUAACUGAAAUUAAAAUUUAACGUAGGUAAAAGGUGACUGCCAAGUCAGGGCUUGACCUGUUGGUGGGUCAGGAGGGGUUUGAGUACAUUUGGACCCACUGCCUGUGAAACAUCUGGUAGAAUCAGGUUGGGGAAGAGACGAGAACUUCAGGAGCUGAGGAAGUGGAGUGUGAAGGCUCUCGACCAAACCUCACCAGGGGUGCCACCUACAUUUAUAGCCAGGUGAGGAGGGAGUCAGCUAAGGGAUGGAGAAGGUGCUGCUGGGGAGGAGGAGGGGGAGACCCACUGGAAACCUGGUGGGAAAAGGGUGUCCUGAAGACCUUUAAGGGGCAAGGUGAAGGCCAGGAGUUGAAGGGUCAGGAGGGCAGAAGAGUGACCCUGGUGACCUCAGGUGGUAGAUGGGCCAUUAGGAGGCACUGUGUACCCUUUGACAAGACUGUCCAGGUGUGAGACUGCCUUUCCUGACUUGGCUUAUUAAUUGAGAAAUAAGCAAAGUGUGAUAAGACAGAUGGGUGCCAAAAUACUUCCUUUAUCACUGGAAAAGCUGCUGUGACUGUAUGUGUGGCCUGUGUCCUUGGGCAAGUGGGCUUUCUGAGAUGAUUCCCCAGGGUCAUACUUCCCUACCCAGUCUGUGGCAGUGUGGAACCUGUAAGGCUCCUGGUGCAAAGGAACCCUAGAAAAGAAGGGCAGGCUGUGCCCACCCAGUUUCUCCAUGCAGAAUCACCUACCAGAAAAGGCAAUAGUGGAGAGAGAACAGGAGAGUUGGCGCUAAUGGCUAACCAUGGCAAAUGUGCCCCCUAGCCCUAUCGUAACAAUAGUGGAUUGCACUCACCCAGUGUGUCUCACGUUCCAGACAUAUGCAUCGAUCCAUUUAGUACCCGUAACAAUAUUGUGGGGUAGGUAGCACCACAGUUGCUUUUUUCCAGGUGAGAAUACAGGCAUAGUAGGGGUGCCCAGUCUGCCCUUAGCCUUGUAGGAGGUAAUGGAGGCAGUUGGACUCUAGAGUCUAAACUCUUCAGCCCUUGAGUGAAGCCCCUCACAGGAGCUAGAGGUGAGAAAGUAGAGGGAGUGUGUGUAGUCAGCUCUUAGGAAGUUUUACUGGGAAGGGGAGCUGAGAAAUAACAGGAUGGUCAAGGAAUUUUAAAGUAAGCAAGAGAUGGUCAAGUUAUGGGGGAUGUGGAGUCUCUUCUCCCUCUCUUCUCCCCAUGUCAUAUGUCCUAGUAGUAAUGACUUCUUUUGAGCUGUGUCCCCCUCAAGUGAGCAGCUGGGCCUCAGUCUCCCUGGCACCCAGCUCACGCCCAGCACCUAAUAGAUGCUCAGAAAACGUGCUUUUGCAUCUCCCUUCUCCCUGCCCGGAUCCAAUUCUAUACCAGAUUAUAGGUGGUCCCUGACAUAUGAUAGUUUGACUUGAUUUUUUGACUUUACAAUGAUGAGAAAGCAGUACACAUUCGGUAGAAACCGUACUUCACAUUUUGAAUUUUGAUCUUUUCCUUGGCUAGUGAUAUGAGGUACAAUACUGUCUCACGAUGCUGAGCGGCGACAGCAAGCUGUCGCCACACGAUCAUGAGGGUAAACGACUGAUGCACUUAGAACCAUUCUAUACUCAUACAGCCAUUCUGUUUUUCAGUUUCAGUACAGUAUUCAAUAAACUAUGUGAGAUAUUCAACACUUUAUUAUAAAAUAGGCUUUGUGUUAGAUGUUUUUGCCCAACAGUAGGUUAAUGUAAGCGUUCUGAGCACAUUUAAGGUAGUUUAGGGGAAGCUACGAUGUUCAGUAGGUUAGGUGUAUUAAGUGCAUUUAAAAAUAAAUAUUUAUUUAUUUGGACGCGCCGGGUCUUAGUUGUGGCACAUGGGAUCUUUAGUUGGGGCAUGCGAACUCUUAGUUGCAGCAUGUGGGAUCUAGUUCUGUGACCAGGGAUUGAACCCAGGCCCCCUGCAUUGGGAGCACGGAGUCUUAGCCACUGGACCACCGGGGAAGUCCCCUAAGUGCAUUUUUGACUUACGUUAUUUUCAACUUAACGAUGGGUUUGUCAGGAUGUACCCCCAUUGUAAAUCUAGGAAGAUCUGUACUUUGUUAGUACUGCAGUUAGGAGAUAAGAUCUGUAUCCACGGCCCUAGGAACUCCAUGUCUCCAAGUGGGGAGUUCCCAAAUUUCUCUAUGCUUCAAUUUUAUGACCUGUAUGAUGAGAAAAUCUAGAUGUGCUUAGCACAGUGCCAGGUUGAUAGCCACAAUGAUGCAUGUUAGCGGUUCUCUGAAGCUUCAGAAUGCAGUGAAAUUCAUGAAAGGAGGCCUCAUCCCAUCUUGUGCUAAACAAGGAGGCUCUUUAUAAAGACCCCACUGAGGGCUGGGUUUCCCUCUUUGGAUAUGAUUUUGGAAGUCUUCCUUACUCUGCCUUGUGCAUGGAGGGGAGAUGGGCUUCUAGUGCUGUCAUGGUCCUACUCUGUCGGCAGGGGGCAGCAACCACCAGAAAGCAGGCGAAGUGAGAUCUGGGUCUCCAGCUCUGUGGGCAUUAACUGUGUUAGUCCUGCAGGACUGUGAGGUUCACCUCUUGGACACUGGGCAGCAGGGCCUGGAGCAUGGUGGGGUGCGGGUUAAGGUCCAUACUCCAGAGUUUAACCCUGUCUGUCCCCACACAGACAGGGGCCUCUUGCCUCCCUGCAUGUCACUGGAACCAUCAGCUGUGUGAAAGCUGGGCCAGGUCUACUGGGGCUGGUGUCAUUUGAGACCAGAUGUUCUGUGCCUGUGGUGUGCCCUGUCUCUUCAGAGCUCACCUUCUUUAUUGUCCUCGCUAGUGUCCUAUCCCUUUCCCUUCCUCACCCUCCUUCCAUAUUCCCCUCUUGGGAAAUCCCAUUGGCUUCUCCCUACCACCACUCCUGAGCCCCAGACUACCACCCUGUGCCAUAGCCUGAACGAAGGACACCAGGGGACCAUUUCACUGGCUGGCGAAAGUAUGUGUGGUUUAUUAAGAAAUAUUUACCAGGAUCUUUCAGAUUGCAAAACGCAGUGGUAGGGCUUACUAGGAACACCAGAAAAUAUAAUACCGUGGGUGGAACAUCCAGGUAAGGAACACGGGGGUGCACAUAGCUAAUAGGUGAUGCAGGGCAGUUAAAAAAAUAAAUAACUAAAGAGGGAUGCAAUCAAGAGGGCUCUGGGAGGUUAUCUGAGCUGGGGAUACUCUCUGAAGCUCUGAACCAGCCCCUGGCCUUAGGCUAGAGAGGUGGUAGCAGGAAUCCCAGUUCCUCCCCUGCCCCCGCCCCCUGUGACCACCACCUCCAAGUUCUCCUGUCCCCAUGCUUCACUCUUCUGAAAUCUGGCAUGAGCUCUUCUAGCCAAAGCCUGUGUCUGCCCCAUCUUGGUGUUCUCAGGGGCUGGCAUAUGGCACUCUCCACCAAACAUCUGCCCACAGACUUGCUUUCACUUGUGCUACUCUUGGCACAAGUUUCCCCCCUGCUUAACCUGUUAGACUUCUGCCUGUGGCUUGAGGCCCAGCUCAUGUGGAAUUUUGACCAAAGGCCUUUCUGGUUCCCCAGCUCUCCAGCCAGGUCUGAAUUAAUCCCACCACCCAAGUUCCCCAAGGCUCAUUUGACUUAUUGUGGGGCUGGCCCAAUGUCACCCCUGGGGUCUUCCCUGACUCCAUCUUACUCAACACCUAACAUGGUACAAUAGACAUUGUGACUAUAUGUUACUUAAUACAGUGUCUAUAUGUCAUGUAUGGUCUAAAGUGGGACACUUGAGGGAAUUCCCUGGUGGUCCAGUGGUUAGGACUCCGAGCUUCCACUGCAGGGGGUAUAGGUUUGAUCCUUGGUUGGAGAACUAAGAUGUUGCAAGCUGCGCGGCCAAAAAAAAAAACGUGGUACACUUGAGUGUGAAAGGGGACAGAUGUUACUCAGGACUGAAACGCACUGACCACACUAUCCAGAGGGCUGUCAUUGACCUGCCUCUGCCACAAGGGGGUUGUGUGCACAUUGGAUGAGUCACUCAGCUCCUCUGGGCUUUGGUAUUCCAGUCUGCAAGAAGUGGGGCUGAACUGGGUAGAUAACCUCUGAAUGUUAUCUAAAACACUAAAAUUAUAUGGCCAGUGGAGGAGUUUGGGGCCUGUCGGGUGUUUUGGUGGAGAAUGUGAGAUAGUGGAUGUGUUUGGGGUCAGAGCAUGAGAACACCUAGGGUUGAUUAGGGCCCAGCCCAGAGGCAGUGGAGGGCUGCUGGACAUUACUGCUUUGGGCAUGAGGUGAUGACUGUCCACUGCGGUCCAGGAAUUUGGAAUGCUGGGCCGUGGUUUCUCCCUCCUGAUGGCAGGCAGGUGGUGGUCACAACACAGCAGGGAUAUACCAGCUUAUUCAUCAGCAUAGCUGGGAAGAGGUGGUGGCAAAAUGAGUUUCUUUCCCAUUUAGGACAGAGGAACAUUUUGAUCUAGGCUGGAAUGAAGAUCAGGGCCAUGGAGUUUGACAAAAGAAGACAAACCCUUCCUUAGUUGCUGCUUCAUCUCACAUGCCUUGUGUGCCACCAUGUUCCUUUUCCCCCUCUCCUUAUGAUUUCCAUGAUAACAUGCAGAAGGGAAGGGUACUCUCCACAUUCAACAGGAGGGAAUUUCAGUCAUGCCUUCUCCAGAGGUGAUGCAGGAAUUCUUACAAGUGUUGGGGGGACUGGGGGAGGAGUGAGGGAAUAGUGGAAGCUCCUGGCAUGAAGGGCUUCCUGGCAGGAGUCUCUUAGGGCCUGCUGCUAUUUAGGGGAGAAUGAGAGGCCCUCACUUAACAUCACCUCUCUCUCCUCCUUCUAACCUCAGUGUUGUCACUGUGGUUUCAGCCUCCCACUCUCCUCGGAGAGAGAGGCCAGGAGCCCACCUGCCCCUGCACCCCAGGGUGGGAGUGUGAAUUCCCACUCUCCUCCCAUUUGGCCUUCCUCCAGCUGAUCCUUACCCAACCUCUGUUUCCAUGUUGGACAGGAUUUCCAAGGCCUCGAAUCACAAGCUAUUGCUUCUCUCUCAAACAGUUGCACUUAGCAGAGGGACUGUGGCUACCCAGUAGGAAGGGACCUGUCAAUAACAAGUCAUGAGGCCUUAGAGAGAGGAAAGCUAUGUCUUCACAGAACCAACAAAAACCAAACUCAAGGUUAAAAAAUGAAAAAAAAAAUGCAGCCAGGUAUUUAGUUAACCAGCCGUCUUAGGUAUACUGUUCAUUUUUGCUCUGAAUUGAAUUAUUUUUUUAAAUCUAUUUUAAAGACACAUCCAGAAAGAAUGUGACAGGCAAAAAGGCAGAAUCUGAAAGACAGGAAAAUUUAUCUGGACACAUACUUGGAAAGGGAUAAGAGGAAACACCGCAACUAGAGAAACCACAGGAAUUGGAGAAAGUGAAAGAAGUGGAGUAGAAGAGAGGAAGAGAGAUGUGAAGAUAGCUGUGUGCACUCAGCUGGGGCAGGGACCACAAGGAUAAGAAGAGGAAAUCACCCCCAGGUGUCUGAGCUAGUAGCAAAGAUGGUGCUCAGGGGUGCCUGGACACUAAUUGAGCCAAGUCAGAUUUAUAGCCCUCCCUUAUCUUGACCUGUCUUAAGGUUCGUAGGGGUGGGACCAUUCCUGGCGCUGCCUACCUUCUGUAGCCAUCUGCUGGCCAGAGGUUUAUGGCUCUGAUGUCAGGGAAAUUACUGAUAAAUCUUGUCUUAGACAUGCACCUCCCUCCAUUGGCUCCAACAGUAUUUGAUAUCCAGUAAUAGAAAACCAGAUCUUGUGAGUUGUUAAAAAGCAAAAUUGAACUGAGUGAAUUUUGAAGACCUUAUUCAAUGAUUCAUGAAUCAGGCAUCAUCCCAUCUAGCAGAUGGAAAGGAGCUCCAAGGAGCUGUACAAAUGAAAGACUUUUAUAGGCAGAAGGGAGCAGGAGCAAGGAAGACAUAUUAGCAAAAAAUGGACUCGUUGUGGCAAGGUCACCUUCCAUUAGGGGCUGCAGAGAUCUAUCAGGCGGACUACUUCACUAGUGCUGACCAGGUAAUUCCUGGUUGGUUUAAAAGUCCAUUCCUGGGAGAGGCCAAAACUACUUUAAGUUCUUGGGGUUUAGCAUAAGUGACUAUAUUUUGGGCCUGUUGUCUUGCUUUUAAUAGAGUGAAUUCAAGACAUAGGCAGGGCCCAUGGAAGACAUAGGGGAGAGGGGUUGCCAUCCUAGGAAAUUCUUGAGUUCUUUCUUGGAAGUAGCUAUCCUAUUACCAGGUAGCAGAGGACUAAGGGGAAUGUGCCUUAGGACAUGCCCAAGGACCUCUUGGCAGCUCUGCACCAUUAAUUCUGUGAGGAUAUGUGUGCCUGGAACCCAGCCAAAGCUGAACAAGCCUCUCUAAUCAAAAUAUUGUUGUUUUCUUAAGGACUUGUGGGUUCUGAGAAUUGUGUGCUUCUUUGUGGGACAUACUCUUUCAGUUAUGAGCAUGAAAAUCUCAGUGCAAUGAGGACAGAAGAAAUAUUUGCUUCUCACCCAUCCUUCAUCUUAAACAUGGCUCAAUAGGGAAGCAUCGCCCAGAGAAUCUGGCCCAGAGAAGAUUCUUCUAGAACCCUGGUUCCUAAAGUAUAUUCUUCAGACCAGCAACAUAAACAUCACCUGAAACUUGUUAUACAUGCACAUUCUCAGGCCCCACCACCUUACACUAACCCCACCACUCCAGAGGUACUGGAUCAGAAAUUCUGGGGUGGCACCAAGGACCUGCUUAACAGCCCUUCAGGUGAUUCUGAUGCUCACUGGAGUCUGAGAAUAGGCAGAUAUAGAGGAUGUGGGAAGUGCAUAGGGGGCGCCUAAGACUUGCACUUCAUUCACUUUUUAUUUGCCAAAGUGAGUUACUUGGCCUAACUUCAAAGGAGUUGGAAGUGCAACUUGCAAUGUGCCCUGGAAGAGGGAGUUCUGGGUAUUUUAGGCCGUAGAUAGUGUUAAAUAACGAAAAUUAAACCGAGUGAAUUUUCAAGAUCUAAUUGUCUUUAUUGAACGAGUCAUAAAUCAGGCAUCAUCUCAUCUAGCAAGGAGAAAGGAGCUCCAAGAUUGGAAGAACUAAUAUUGUUAAAAUGGCCAUACUACCUAAAGCAAUCUACAACUUUAAUGCGAGCCCUAUCAAAUUACCCGUGACAUUUUUCACAGAACUAGAACAAAUAAUCCUAAAAUUUACAUAUAACCAUAAAAGACCCAGAAUUGCCAAAGCAAUCCUAAAGAAAAAGAACAAAGCAGGAAGCAUAACCCUCUGAGACUCCAGACAAUACUACAAAGCUACAGUAAUCAAAACAGUGUGGUAUUGGCACAAAAACAGACAUAUGGAACAGUGGAACAGAAUAGAGAGCCCAGAAGUAAACCUGCACAUCUAUGGACAAUUAAUCUUUGACAAAGAAAGCAAGAAUAUGCAAUGGAGAAAAAACAGUCUCUUCAGCAAGUGGUGUUGGGAAAGCUGGACAGCGACAUGUAAAUCAAUGAAGUUAGAACACACCCUCUCACCAUACUCAAAAAUAAACUCAAAAUGGGUUAAAGACUUAAAUAUAAGACAUGACACCAUAAAACUCCCAGAAGAGAACAUAGGCAAAACAUUCUCUGACAUAAAUCGUAGCAAUGUUUUCUUAGGUCAGUCUAAGAAAACUUUAUCGCUACUUCCAAGGCGAUAGAAAUAAAAGCAAAAAUAAACAAAUGGGGGGCUUCCCUGGUGGCGCAGUGGUUGAGAGUCCGCCUGCCGAUGCAGGGGAUACGGGUUCGUGCCCCAGUCCGGGAGGAUCCCACGUGCCGCAGAGCGGCUGGGCCUGUGGGCCAUGGCCGCUGAGCCUGCGCGUCCAGAGCCUGUGCUCCACAACGGGAGGGGCCACAGCAGUGAGAGGCCCGCGUACAGCAAAAAAAAAAAAUAAAA